AUGGCUGAAGACAUUGAUUAGAAAUUGCUUUAAAGGUUUGAGAUAAUUCAAAAAAUUCGUAAGGUUUCUGGAGGAGUGAUUUGGAAAGCAAUAGAUAGAAAAACCAAUAGUGUAUUUAAAUAUAUUGAAAUAUUGUUAGUUGCUAUAAAAAAGAUUGAUUAUUCAGCUAAUCCUUUACAUCUUUUGAAAUCAAUGAGAGAAACAGUAAUUCUGUAAGAGAUUUCAAAACAUCCAAAUAUAAUGAGAGUGUUACAAGUGAUUAAUAAGGGAAAUGAUUAAUACACUAUUUAUGACUUUGUAGAAAUGGAUUUGAUUUCAUUGAUAAAAGUGAAAAUAUUGCAGCCUGUAUUUAUAUAAAUAUAUUAAUAAUAGAAGCACAUUUAAAUAAUUUUAUGCAAUAUUGUAACUGCUCUAUACUUUAUUCAUUCUGGUGGAUUAGUUCAUUUAAGUUUGACUCCAUCUAAAAUAUUAGUUGAUUCAGAAUGCUAAAUAAAAUUGAUAGGUUUUGGAUUUUCUUAAUUAUUACCAAUUAAAGAUCCUAAAUAUACAUGUCUACAUUAUCUUCCCCCUGAAAUCUUAUUACAAGGUAAAGUAAAUACUUCAGCAGAUAUCUGGUCAUUAGGUUGUAUUUUUGGAGAAAUGCUAUGUCAUCAUCCAUUAUUUGUUGGCAAUUCAACUUUUAAUUAGAUUGAAAAGAUAGUAGAACUUAUUGGAAAACCUAUUGAUACUGAUUUAAGUGAAUUAGCACCUUAUGUUUUAUAAGGAAUUCAACCAGAUAGAAAAAAAGCAUUUACUAGUAUAAGUAAUGAUUCUAUUGCUAUUGAUUUAUUAAAAAGAAUGUUAACUUUUGAACCUCGUGAAAGAAUUACUUUACUUGAUAUUCUAAAACAUCCUUAUGUUAAUGAAAUUGCUAAUAAAUGUGAAUUAAAAAAACCCAUAGCUCCUUUUUAAAUAGAAGAAAGUUCCUUUAAAGAGUUUUAAAAUAUCUUAAGAGAAAGAGGAAAAAAGAUUGAAUAACCUUCUAAUAAUAAUUCUUUCAAUUAAUAAUUAGAUACUAGUAGAAAGAAAUCAUUUAAAGAAUCCACUCCCAUUUCAGCUCUUAAAUAAAAGACUAUGACAAAAAUUAAAGUUAAUUCUCCUAUUUAAAGUCCUAAGAUUUAGAAACUGUAUCAAAUUGAUGAAAAAUUUAGAUGA